AUGUCCAAUAUCAACAAAGAGGCCGAGAAGGCUACCAUGAUUAAUGUGCUGAAGGAUGGAAACGACAAUUUUCUUCGCAAAGCCGAGUGGUACUGGAUUGCUCACAGGAUCAACCGCAUCUGCGCUAGCCUGUCUUCUCUCUUAAUCUACACUACUAUCAAUGCUCCUGUACCUCUCGAGCAAGACAACUGGCUAACUCGGGGUUUGGUGCAGGAGGAGGCCCAGAUGGACAGUGUCAGCGGCCUUCUUGCUAUUCUCGGUGUCGCGCCGUCCGCCCGCACACAAGACAUCUAUGCUAAGCUCUCGGAUCCGGAGGGUAGUGGUCUGCAUUUCGUUCGCACCCAAGCAAUCACUGAAGGCGACGGACUUCUCGAUACGCAAGGCAAGAAGAUCGUAUAUCCCAUCAAGGACGAGAACUUCAAGGCGGCAGACAGCCUGUUCCAGUUUACCUCUGGCAUGGAGCAUAAUCAGUUGGAAUGGUGGUUGCCCGAUGGGCAGUUCAUUGCGAAAGAGCGUCCGGUUCGUUCUACCCAAGCCGCCGACUUGUUUUCUAAGCGCUGGGGCCAGAUGGCCACUGCUCACGAACCUGCACUCGUCAAUGAGUUGCAAGGCCUCUUUGCGCAGAUUAAUGCGCUCGAGGACGACAACGAGGGCUUCGUUGCCGCCCUUCAAGACCAAGUCCGUCGUCGUGAGCUCGAUCUGCUUCAAAUCUAUCUGAAGAGCCAUCCCCAUGCGAAGGUUCCGGCGGAUGUGCAGGCUGAGCUGGACCGCAUCCCCGGCGGACCUGCGCGUGAGGCCGAAAUCCGGCGGAGGCUGGCGGACAUUCGGACUACGGAGAACAUCUCUGUGCGGACGGACGCACCGCGCGGGGGCCCGGCGGAGCCUAGUCGCGGAGAAGGAACCGCGUCUUCCUCGAAGUCAAAGGGUAAAGCUCGUCAAGUUGAUUAG